AUGCUUUCUUCUCAAUUUGUUCGUUUUGCGGACAUAAUAUCAGCUCCUCUUGGAGAAUUUAUGACAAAAUGCUAUAUUAUUCGUGAUAAAAAAGAAUGUUUAAUUGUUGAUCCUGCUGAUGAGCCUGAAACAAUUAAUCAUUUUCUAGAUACUAGUUUCAAAGGCUCAAACGUUAAUUUCGUUAGUACAACAGGAAGAAGAGAUCACAUGAAAGCUAUUAAAGCUCUUGCAGACAAGUUUCCUAAUGCAAAAUACUACAUUUCAAAGAAAGAUCAUGAACAAUUCGUUAAAAAUCUAGACAUCAUUGGCGUUACCAAGAAAUUAGACAUCAAAGAUGUAAACGAUGGCGAUAAAAUCAUGGUUGACGAUGAAGAUUUUAAAGUUAUCGAAGUUGGAACACCAACAAGUGGUGGAAUUGCACUCUACAGCUAUGGAUCAGCUGUAGUUAUUACAGGUGAAUCAAUUCCAACAGAAGAUCCUAGAUAUGUUGAUAAAUUAUUGCCUCAUGAAAUCAAAUCCAUUACAGAAAAGAUUUUAACAUUACCAAAUAGAACGAUUAUCAUGUCAUCUCAUGGCCCUGAUUCCAAAGUAAGAACCGAAAAGAAAAGAUUUGGAUAUCGAAUUCCAAAAUCUAAGUUGGCCAAGCAUUAG